AUGCCUUCCAUCCCGAUCUUCGGAACGGACGGCAAAGUGUUCCAAGCCGCUCACGCCAGCCUAGACGGCACAUCUGCCUUUUUCCACAAUGCCUUCUCACGCGAACAAGUCGACUCUCCCGCAUUUUCCGACCCCAAGGGCUUCAACGCCAGCAUGGUCCUCAACAUCCAGCAGCAGCACACCGUCCAGGUGCUCGUCACUUGCACCACCAGCGUCAGCCUCCUCGCAGCAGUAUGUGCGGUUUACUGGUUCUGGAUGAUGAGGAGGAACUUCCGGCGAGACCUUGUGUUGCUUCUGAUCUUGGGCGGGUCGUGGAAGAGCCUAUGGUUCGCUAUCUUCUCGGCUGUGACGUUCACUCAGGGCAAGAUAAUGACCGAGACGAGCUUCUGUCAGGCGAGCGGGUACAUGUUGCAGGUUGGAUUCGAGAUGUGUGAUUUCGCCGUCCUUUUCAUGAGCAUGCAUAUGUACCUUCAGAUCUUCCCACCCACCCGCUUCACAUACCUCGGCCACGACGGACUAUACCGCGUCCGUAAAUGGGUGGUCGCCGCCUGGUUCCUGAUACCAAAUCUUACUGCUUCGCUGGCUUUUGUGAAUCCUGGCACGGGCUACAUAGCUCAAGGAGGCUUCUGCUCGCUACCACUGCGGCCAAUGUGGUACAGACUUGCAUUGUUCUGGAUCCCGAGAUAUCUGAUCUGGAUAUACGUCAUCUUCGUCGCCAUUAGUAUCACUAGAUAUGUUGGUAGCGAGUUCAAAGUUUUUGGACAGGAGAAGGACAGCAGUACCAGUCAGCUCAUGCACAGUUCGAUCACUGCGACAACUGGAGGUACCGACAAGCAAAAGGGAGAACAGGACCGUUCUGCUCAGAAACUGUCCAACCCGGAUGACGACGACUCCUCGCAGGAUUGUGCACCAGACGAUGUUGAAAGCGUGCUCAAGGUGAAGCCGCACAAGUUCUCGUCACCAGAGACAACGACCUCCCAGAAAGCGGAUUUUGCCCGCCGCCAGUCAAUGCCUGCCUGGGCGUUGGGCGGAGACUCAGAUGCGGCGUCGAACCCGUUCGCAUCGCAAAGCAAAUCUACUCCAACCUCACGAAGAGGUAGUCGUCAAAUCGCCCACGGCAUCCUAUCAGAGGACUUUGGACUGCCGCCAGGCAUCGAGCCCAGCACACACAGAGGCUCCAUCGUAAGCAUGGGCUCAGUCCGCUCCUCAGCCGGCGUGUCCUUCGAAGGCGCACCCACACUCCCACCGAUCGCCGAAGGUCUACCAAGCGGUGCACAGUCGGGUGUUCCACGGCACUCAGCCCAAAAGGCGCUGAAGUUCCGCCGUGCUGCCAUUCAGCGCCAGCUCCGCCUCCUCUUCAUCUACCCGGGCAUCUACAUGCUGCUCUGGAUCAUACCGUUCGUUGUCAACUGCAUGAACUACAUCGACUACUGGGCCCAACAUCCAAUAUUCGCACUCAAAAUCCUACAGCUCACUGUCAUGACCAUCAUGACCUUCGUCGACGUCACCGUUUUCUGCUGGCGCGAGAAGCCGUGGCGACAUAUUCCAGGUUCGGACGGGACGUUCAUCGGCAGCUUCAUGUUCUGGCGCUUCUGCUUCGGAGGCACCUGGGCGCAGCGCAGACGUACGAGUCGAGCGCCGAGCAAUGUACCGGAUCUCGAUUCCACCCACGAUGGCAAGAACGGCUCGCAGACUGGUCUGCUAGCGUCGCUAAAGCGAUGGGCGACCAAGAGUAAACGUUCGAGCAGCGAGACCGUUGGUUCUUCAGUCAAGCCGCACAAACGGACGUACAGCGGAGGUUCUGAUCGGAGGCACCUGGAGGCCGAGAGGGCGGCAGAGCGACUGGCACUGGAGCGAGCGGAGUAUGACGCGAAUCGGAAGAGCUUGAAUGAGAGGAGGACGAGUGUCAUUAGUCAAAGUAAAAAGGCUCCGCUAGGGCGAAAGGAAUGGUUCGAUCCACAGGUCGAUGAGACUCUGGAGUACGGCGAUGAGAAGACGGACAAGAAACCUGUAGCGCCUUGA